AUUGACUUAAUAAAUAAAAGUAGUCUUAGAGAACGAGACACAAAAGUUAACAAGAGAGAAAAUAGCUCUCUGGGAUUCCGCCACCUCCAGCACGCUAGCGUGAUCGAUAAGCAGAGUGUAAAUGUUAGGCCUUCAAGUUUAGCUCUGUUAUUUAUCGCUGAAGUGGCGAUCGACCAAGUUGUAGUGUUUACCCUCGCUGGCGCCUCAUUAAUUUUGGCCAUAAUUUUAACCGAAUUCAAAGAGGAUAAUAAUAAAUUAGUGAAAGAUUCAAGUGGAUAUAGCGUUGGAAAGCAGGGCAAAAUAAUGACCAGCUUCGUCAAUGUACCAGAAGGAAGUGAUUUUCCACUAGAAAAUCUGCCAUAUGGCGUAUUCUCAACAAAUUUAAAUCCCCGCAAGCGUAUUGGUGGAGCCAUCGGCCAGCAUGUGCUCGAUCUUGCCGGGGUAGCAAUACAUUAUCCACUCGAAGUGCAGGAUGCGCUCAACUCAGAUUCGUUCAAUUUGCUGAUGAGUCUUGGUCACUCGGCGUGGAGCGUAGCGCGGAAGCGAACACGCGAGUUACUGCUUAAGGGUUCCACACUGGAGGAAAAUUUAGUACUGGCUGAAAGCGUUCUUUUCCCACAAGCGGAGUGCGAGCUGCAUCUGCCAGCUAAUAUCGGGGACUACACGGACUUCUAUUCGUCCAUUCAUCAUGUAACCAAUGUGGGCAUCAUGUUCCGUGGCAAGGAGAAUGCAUUGAUGCCGAAUUGGCGCUACAUACCAGUUGGCUAUCAUGGACGAGCCAGCUCCAUUGUGGUCUCCGGUACACCUAUUGGACGACCUUUGGGACAAACUUUGCCUGUGGAUGGCCAACCACCUGUUUUCGGCCCCUGCAAGCUCUUAGACUUCGAAUUGGAGGUGGCGUUAUUUUUAGGCGGCCCAGGGAAUCAGCUGGGUGAACGAGUUUCAGCUGAUGAUGCGUGGAAGAAUGUCUUUGGUUUUACGCUGAUGAAUGACUGGAGUGCGCGCGAUAUACAGAAAUGGGGCACGUAUUCGUUUACAGCCAAGAAUCUGGGAACCACCAUAUCGCCAUGUGUGCCCGUCGCUGCACUGGAACCUUUUUUAGUGGACAACUUUCCGCAAGAACCAGAGGUUUUCCCUUAUCUAAAACACGAACGCCCUUUCAACUUCGACAUACAUUUGGAGGUGUCGUUGAAACCUGAAGCCAAUGCAGGGACAGUGAUUAGCAAGUCUAACUAUAAAUAUCUGUAGUGGACAGCGCUGCAGCAGCUUGCCCACCACACGUUCACCGGUUGCAAUGUUCGUACCGGCGAUUUAAUGGCAUCUGGCACCAUCAGCGGUGAGUCGGAGGACUCGUAUGGAUCCAUGUUGGAACUAGGUUGGCGCGGUUCAAAGACUAUCAGCUUAAGCGGUGGCGCCACGCGAAAAUUUCUACAAGACGGAGACGAGGUGAUUAUUCGUGGGCACUGCGAACGAAAUGGUGUGCGAAUUGGAUUUGGUGAAUGCGCCGGAAAGGUCUUGCCUGCCAUUCCGCUUUGAAGAGCUCAGUUCACUUUCGUCAAUUUUUAUAUGUUGCUUAAA